GUGCAACUCAGUCCCACCCGAGCUAUGUUUUGAUAAGCAGCCUAAGCAAUUGUCUCCAUCUCCAUUGUCAUCAAUGGCUUCCACCGACUCAGUCAUGCCAUCGCUCUCAUCAUAUCUAUCUCUCAUCCGAAAGGCAGCCUUUCAGUCACCUCGUCCAUCGGCCGCCCCGACUCUAAUCCUAGGAAAUCCCUCGGCUGACCUUGACAGCUUCGUCUCAGCCAUCCUUUUGUCCUACUUUUACAAUUGCAAUUCUCAAAGUCAAGAUCGGCAGCGGCGGCAACAGCAUUUGUCCCCAGGCUAUAUCCCCAUACUGAACCUGCCAACGGUGGCGUCCAGCGAUCUAUGGCGUCUCCGGCCGGAGUUUGGAGUCGCUAUUCGACUGGCACUGGGACACUCGACAGCCGAGAUUGACGUAUGUGAAGAUCAUGCCGACCAGAGUAAAGUGCCCGAGCUGGAACAGGUGGUGACCAUCGCAGAUGUCAAGAAGCAUAGAGAUUCCAAUCUGAUUCCGGCCAGACUUUUCUCAAAUUCAGACAAAGAUUCUAACGAGGGUCAACAGCAAAGACUCCUGCUAGUGGACCACAAUGCCCCAUCGAUCCCUGGUCUGAGCGAGUCGGCGAUUCGCUCUCGAUUCACCGUCAUGGGUGUCAUCGACCAUCACGUUGAUGAGGAUUAUGUAUCGAAGAAACCAGAGGACACAAAUCCUCGCAUCAUCACGACGGGCAUCGGUAGUUGCACCAGUCUAGUUGUUCAGCAUCUACGCGAUGAGGGCAUGUGGCCUUCCCCAGACAACUUUAGCAAAGAUUCCAAGUCAUCCCACAAAAACAGUAGCGAGGGUGACAAAGAAGGAGCGGGUCAAUUAUCAACCGAGAAGCCCCUCGAGCAACUGGCGAAACUCGCACUGGCGCCCAUCCUCAUCGAUACAGCAAAUCUCCUUGCUACAGGUGACAAAUGCUCCGACACGGAUCGAUGUGCUGUACGAUUUCUCGAGUCGUUCAUUCUAGCACCUGCUGCUCAUUCCAACCUGUCUACAACUACGAAUGAUGCUCAGGGAUCUCACUGGGACCGAGACUCAUUCUACUCGUGUAUCUCGACGACCAAAACCAAUUCCCUUGACCUUUUGACCACGCAAGAGACAUUUGACCGGGACUACAAGUCAUGGAGUGAGGCCCAAGUCCAUUCCCAAGCCCACGACAAAUCGGCCCCUCAAAUCGAGAUCGGAAUCGCAUCCCUGGUGAGACCAUUGUCCUGGCUGGUCACACAUGGCCCCGCGCCGUCGACGGUCAAGUCGUUUGUGGCUGAGAUGCGCACGUUUGCCACAGCGGAAGAGCGGCGCCUGGGCGUCUUUAUGCUCUUGACACGACGCGAGGACGGUGGUAAAGAGCUCGUCCUGGCCGUGCUUGACGAUGCGGGUCGUGGGCUGGUUCAUGACUUUGAAACCAAGGCUGGUCCAGAGUUGCAGUUAAGGGCAUGGGCCACCAAGAAGGGCGAUUGGGAAGCAAGUGUCCCGCAAGAGUUGCGAGCCAACUUUGUCGACGCUGCCGUGUGGGACAUGCGCGAUACCUCUAAGAGCCGAAAACAGGUGGGUCCGUUGGUGAGGCAGUGUGUGAGAGAACUAAAAUAGACGAGAGCAGAUGGGAAGGAUAAGAGGGACAUGUAAGGUGGAAUAGAUAUUGAACAAUGGUAUCUAUACAUGACAUCUAGCUCAUUACUGGCGAGUAAGUGAGCUCUCAUGCCUUUGAC